AACACUGACAGCUUCUAUUUAACAACUCUUCACAGUUUCCAAAUUUUAUUCUACAGCAAGAAAGCCAGAUUAAACCAGGAUGAACGGAACAGAAUCGAACAGCUUAAUGUCAGCAGCGCUGAUGUUCAGCUGGGUAGAGUACUCAGUGUUCUGCUCCAUGCUGCUGCUCUCUCUGCUGGUCGGGGUGUACUUCGGCUACUUUAAGAAGCAGGAUACCGUCGCUGAGUAUUUGCUUGGAGGGAAGAAGAUGUCCGUUUUUCCAGUCGCAAUGUCCCUUACCUUCAGCCACGUUUCUGGCGUUAGUCUGAUCGGGGUACCAGCAGAGGUUUACUCCUAUGGGACUCAGUAUUUCGUCAUGUGUAUCAGCUUCGUUAUAAUGUACUUCAUAGUGGUAAACAGCUUCCUGCCUGUGUUUUUCAAUCUCCAGCUGAAUUCGCUGUACGAGUAUUUAGAACUUCGGUUCAGUAAAGGAACGAGGACUUUAGCUUCGUUACUGUUUGCGCUGUCCUUGGUGUUAUUCAUCCCUGUUGUAAUAUACAUCCCGGCACUGGCUUUUAAUCAAGUGACGGGGGUCUCAAUAUACGUAAUCACGCCCAUCGUAUGCGUCAUCUGUCUUAUCUACACCUCUUUUGGUGGCCUCAAGGCGGUGGUAUGGACAGACACAUUGCAAAGUGCCUUCACUAUUUCAUCCACCCUCUUUAUCUUGGUCCUGGGGUUUCUGAAGAUUGGCAGCAUAUCAGAGGUAUUCAGGAUCAAUGGAGAAGGGCACAGGCUGGAGCUAUUCAACAUGGAUCCGAGUCCUUUUGCACGUAGCACGUUCUGGACCAUUAGCUUGGGGUCCGUAUUCACAUGGUUAAGUCACGUGGGUGUUCACCCCGGCACUUCACAAAGAUUCAUCGCCGUUUCAACUGUCAAGGAGGCCAGAGCGGUUUUAUUAUGGACUUGUGUGGGUUACGUAUGGGUUAAGGCUAUCACGACCCUUCUAGGCAUGCUGAUCUAUGCCCACUACCACGACUGUGACCCUAUCGCUACCAAGAUGGUUCAGAAGUCUGGACAAGUGAUGCCAUUUUAUGUUAUGCAAGUGGCAAAAGACUACCCAGGACUCACGGGCCUGUUCAUAUCCGGUGCUCUAAGUGCUGCUCUCAGCACUAUGUCUGCGGGUCUCAACACAGUGGCUGGCACAAUAUACGAGGACUUUGUUCAGUUUAUACUGAGAGGAAAACAACAGUCCGAAGCUAUGCAAGCAUUCACUCUUAAAGUAGUUGUUUUAGUGAUUGGCGUCAUCUGCUCAUUACUAGUCCCCAUUGUAGAAAGGCUUGGCGGUUUGCUUCAGGUAGCCGUCAGUUUACAUGGAGUUAAUAGUGGUGCUCUUGUGGGGGUUUUCUGCCUAGGAGUUUUCUUUCCCAGAGCCAACGCCAAGGGAGCAAUUGUAGGAGUACUAAUGAGCGUGAUGGUAAUGACCACAAUUGUGUUCGGCGGUGAAUAUUUUAUUGCCAAUGGCCUGCUGAAAUUUCCCGGAAAAGUUACCAGUGUGGACGGCUGUCCUGCAGACUUUCUGGCUAGCCUUCCUUUCAAUGCAUCAGCACGGGUCCAGACCUAUGUCGGCGUGGGAUCGCCGGUAGUCGCUGAUGCAUCCGUGCCUCUCAUCUUCCAGAUGUCCUACUGGUAUUACAUCACUCUGGGCACUCUGGUGGUUCUUCUGGUGGGCCUUCCGGUCUCCUACUUAACGGAACCUGUGGACAUGAAACACUUGGAACCAGCAUUGUUCGCUCCAUUCGUCCGUCAAUUUCUACCCCAGAAACAGAAAUUUCCUGUCAACCCUCCAGCAGAAGAGUACAAGCUCGUCGCCACAAAUGAUCACUCCAAGGAAGUGACCACACCGGAAUCUGAUAAUAAAGAUUCAUAGCAUUCUUUGUUAAUAAAUAGUGAUUUUGAAAUCGUA